GUCCUCCUUCUCCCAAGUCCUUUCCUUCAGUACUCCUUCUCCCAAGUCCUUUCCUUCAGUACUCCUUCUCCCAAGUCAUUUCCCUUUAAACAGCCACCAUCAUGGCUUCCAAACUGAAUCCGAAUGUCCUGUACGUCCAAGAACCACGGGAGUCUCUCUCAUCAUUGGAAACUGACCACCUGGCGCACCCCGAACCCGGUGAAGAGAGCUCCGAUAGUGACGGAGAGCCGGAUGAGACGGAGCAGAAACUAAUCCGGAAGGUGUCCACAUCGGGACAGCUACGAGCCAAGAAAAGUGUGAAGGAGGGGAUCCUAUUGAAACAGACUAGCUCGUUCCAGAGAUGGAAGAGGAGGUUCUUCAAAUUGAGAGGAAGGACACUUUACUAUGCCAAAGACUCAAAGUCUCUGAUAUUUGACGAGGUGGACCUAUCAGACGCCAGCGUGGCCGAGACCAGCACCAAGAACAUCAACAACAGCUUUACGGUAACCAUGACGACACACUACUUCCUCUACCUUGACGCCAGACCCACCUUCUGUCAACGUCUGAGAGAGGCUGCUCUCCGGGAGUCCACCGUCAGCACGGACUGUCCUGUGAAGGUACACACCGCACACCCCCUCCCCACACCCCUCCCAUGA